AUGAGCAAGCCGAUGAUCGGCUCCCAACCUAUAACAUCAUACGUUGGUACCAUACGCUCCAAUGUGCAACUUGCAAAACUAUCCGUACCUUCCGUUGUGAGUCAGUGCCAGAAGAGAUAUGCCACUUUGAACCAAAUAAGAAGUGGUAAGCAAGGAUUCCCCACUAAGCCAAACGUUCCAAAAGCCCCACAUUUACAAGGAAAUCCAUUCAAAAAAGGUGUUGUCGUCAGAGUUAUGAUCUUAAAACCAAAGAAGCCAAACUCGGCUCAAAGAAAAUGUUGCAGAGUCAGACUCUCCACCGGUAACGUCAUUUCUGCUUUGAUCCCUGGAGAAGGCCAUAACGUUCAGGAGCAUCACGUUGUUCUAGUAAGAGGCGGAAGAGUCCAGGAUCUUCCGGGUGUGAAGUACAGAUUGGUGAGGGGUGCAUUAGAUUUGGCUGGUGUGGCCAACAGAACAACCUCGCGUUCCAAGUACGGUGUCAAGAAGCCAAAGGAUUAG